AUAUUACAUCUACUGGUGCAUUGGCCGAUGCCGGGCUGUGCCUGCGUCACUACUGUGCGACGCACAUGUCGAGGUGAAAGUGCGAGCUGCCAUUUUUUUCGAAAGAAUCUUCCUGAUUAUCCAGGCAAAGACAAACUGUGAGUCUCACCAUCACUCGUUGGCAGUUUUGUUUCAUACGUCGGUGCAUUGAAGACAAACUCCGCACGAAUAUUACUGACGCUCGAUUUUCCUUCGAUCCGGGUUCCAGCGCAGGCUCGGCUCAGGGCUGCACCGGGCUGCAGAUGGCUGGUUAGCUCGGGAAGCUAACGUUAGCUGUGGCUGUAAACAAACACUACAGCGAGUGAGGAACAGCAGCUGAUAAAAGAUCCUCACGCAUGUCAGGUUUCUUCGGUCGACGUGGUCGAUUGUAUUCACUUAAGGGGGCAGCUAACAUAACGUUAGAAACGAAACCCUGGAAACACAACGUUGGGGGGGAGCGGUCGGCAGGAGGCGGUUUUGACGCUGCAUGUCUGCAGGUUUGCGCCACAACUUCAGUUUUGAUGACAGUGCGAGUUUCUCCAAACUAGGUAGGAGUUCGGUUUCUUUAGAGCGGGUCGGGUCCACGCGGUUCACUGGGCAAACACACAGCGCCACACCGACACCAUGUCGUCCUUCUCCGAGUCGGCUCUGGAGAAGAAGCUGACGGAGCUGAGCAGCUCGCAGCAGAGCGUCCAGACUCUGUCUCUGUGGAUCAUUCACCACCGCAAACACUCGGGCCUCAUCGUCAAAGUGUGGCACCGGGAGCUGAAGAAAGCUAAAAGCUCCAGGAAACUAACGUUCCUGUACCUGGCCAAUGAUGUCAUCCAGAACAGCAAGAAGAAAGGACCCGAGUUCACAAAGGACUUUGAGACGGUCCUUGUCGACGCCUGCUCCCAUGUUGCCAGGGAAGCAGAUGACGGCUGCAAAAAGCACAUGGAGAGACUGCUGAACAUCUGGAAAGAGCGAGCCCUCUACAGAGCAGACUUCAUUCAGCAGCUCAAACUGGCCAUAGAAGACUCUAACAGCCCCCGGCCUUCAGGUGACACAACUCAAGAGAAGAAGGCUGUGAAACGAAGCUAUCAUAAAAUCCAAGAAGAAGAAGAUGAUGAGGAUGAUGACUACAGAAGCAAUGCCUCACCUCGCAAUGCAGACAUCUCUGCAACCCAACUGACAGAGGAUUUGGUGAAAGCCCUUCAGGACUUGGAGAAUGCUGCCUCAGGCGACGCGGCGGUCCGUCAGAAGAUCGCAUCGCUGCCGCAGGAAGUCCAGGACGUUUCUUUGCUGGAGCAAAUCGGUGACAAGGAGGCAGCGGACAAGCUGUCGAAGACGGUGGACGAAGCGUGUUUGCUUCUGGCGGAGUACAACGGGCGACUGGCUGCAGAGCUGGAGGACCGGAGGCAGCUGGCUCGCAUGCUGACAGAAUACAUCAACAGCCAGAGGGAGGCGCUCAUGGAGAGAGAAAAGAAACUAGAGGAGUAUAAGCAGAAACUGGCGAGGGUGACCCAAGUUAGGAAAGAGCUGAAGUCCCACAUCCAGAGUCUCCCCGACCUCUCCCUCCUGCCCAAUGUGACUGGGGGUCUGGCCCCCCUCCCCUCGGCUGGAGAUCUAUUCUCCACCGACUGAGACGUCUUUGCCCAGAAACAACCCCCCCCCCCCCCCCUCCCCGAGCAAACCCAGCCACACCUUUGAUUCCCAGAACAAUUCCAGCUGUGUCACCAGUCAGACUACAAAUGUGGUCGAACCUCCCUCGGCAAUCUCUCCGCAGUGAGGAUGGUACAUUAGAAGCAAGGUUUGGUGAAAUCAAAAUGCUCUGCAGAGGAGAACUGAGACUCUGUUGGCCUGGAUUUUUCCAGCGCUUGUUCAAUCGACAAGGAUUCCACUCCACCAGCUUAGAACGAGUUUGUUUCCUGUUUGGUUUUUACUUUUUUUUAAGGAGGAGGGCGGGUUAAAGAAGCAAUGUUUAGACGGAAAUAAAUGUUGGCUGUGAAGACCUGUCAAUCAAAUUGUCUCUCAGCGUGGUAGAUUUAGUGGAGUCUGUGAUCAAAGGGAUGCCGUUUGCUCUCACAGGUCUCCAGAGGUUGUGACUACACUGUGAAGAGGAUGUACCAUUCAUUAGUUUUAUUUUUUGGGUUUUCAGUUGGUGGCUUUUUAUUGGCCCAUAGGUGGUCUUUAAUGUGUGUGUAAAAUUAGAGAAGAUCUCAUCACAUUGGGUUCAGUGCAUGUUGCUUUUUGGUUGCUUCAUGAAAGUAUGUGGUCAGAAGACUGUGAUAAAUAGGUUUUGUCCUCAUAGAGAAAGACAAUAGACAUGCUUUGUUUUUGUGCCCCAGUUUGCAAGCGUGUUUCUCGUUUACAGACUCAAACUUUGAUUCAAAGUUCCCAUUUGUUUUCAUGCACUAAUUUGGACGGAUGCUUGAGAUAAUUCUGUUUAAAAGGACAGUCGUACAGUAUAAUGAAACUCAAACACAACAUCUACAGUAAAAGAUGAGAAAAAAAACACGAGUAUUAACUAUUACGUUUUAGAAUGCAGAAUUGGGCAAUAUGAAAAUAUCAGGAUUAAGUGGAGCAGAUGGAGACCUUUUUAUAUAACGUGUUUUGGUAAAAAAAAAAAAAAAACAUUGAAUGUAAACUAAUAU